CCGUGCCCGCGCGUGGACCCUCGUGCCCGGACCCUGUGCCCCGUCCAUCACCCACCGCGAGCGCGAUGUCCCCCCAGACCCUGGCGCUCGCGCUCCUGUUCGCGGUGACCGCGGCCACAGUGGCCGCGGAUCCGAAAGACUGUUUUUGCGAAAACUACAAGCUGACUACGGAUUGUGUUAUGAACGAAAAUGGCCAAUGUCAGUGCACGUCGUUUGGUACACAGAAUACUGUCAUUUGCUCCAAACUGGCUUCCAAGUGUCUGGUGAUGAAGGCAGAAAUGACUCACAGCAAGUCUGGGAGGAGGCUGAAGCCCGAGGGGGCUUUCCAGAACAAUGACGGGAUGUACGAUCCCGAAUGCGACGAGAAGGGGCUCUUCAAGGCCAAGCAGUGCAACGGCACCGCCACGUGCUGGUGCGUGAACACUGCCGGCGUCCGGAGAACAGACAAGGACACCGAGAUAACCUGCUCGGAGCGCGUGAGGACCUACUGGAUCAUCAUUGAGCUGAAGCACAAAGCAAGAGAAAAGCCCUACAGUGUUCAAAGCUUGCAGACUGCUCUUCAGGAAGUGAUGAGAACUCGUUACCAACUGGAUCCAAAGUUUAUUACAAAUAUCCUGUAUGAGAAUAAUGUCAUCACUAUUGAUCUGGUACAAAAUUCUUCUCAGAAAACUCAAGAUGAUGUGGACAUAGCUGAUGUGGCUUAUUAUUUUGAAAAAGAUGUUAAAGGUGAAUCUUUGUUCCAUCCUUCUAAGAAAAUGGAGCUGAGAGUGAAUGGGGAGCUCUUAGAUCUGGAUCCCGGUCAAACUCAGAUCUACUAUGUUGAUGAAAAACCACCUGAAUUUUCAAUGCAGGGCUUAAAAGCUGGCAUUAUUGCUGUCAUCGUGGUUGUGGUACUAGCCAUUAUUGCUGGGAUUGUUGUGCUGGUUAUUUCUAGAAAGAAGAAAACAGCAAAGUAUGAGAAGGCUGAGAUAAAGGAAAUGGGUGAGAUGCAUAGGGAACUCAAUGCAUAACUACUAUAAUUUGGAGACAAAACUACAAGAAGGGGAAUUCAAUGAAUUCAGAUUGUGCGUAUGUGAGCAUGGGACAAAGAGAAGACCUUUUUGAAGAGUUACUGUUUUGUUAGUUAACAUACAUUUGUGAUAGUGAAACUUGUACUCAAAAAUAUGAGCAGCUUGAAAUUGGCAUUACCAAUCUAAAAAUUUGACAAGUGUCUUAUAUAUGCAAGUCUGAUACAAAACCCGAAACGUAGACUGCAUAGUUGAAGUAAUUUAUGCUUAAUAUUGAAGUGUGCAUUAAAUAUACUUCCAUAGUAAAGUAUUAAUGAACAGUCUUACUUUGUGAUUGACAGCUGCCUCUCUAUAUACCUUGAAUCUUGUACAUACAAACUUUUUUUAUGAAAUAAAACAUUUGUAAACUGUU